CGGCGCGAGCACAGUAGGUGCGCGACCGGUAGAGUCGUCGGUCGUGUUACGAAAAAUUGGUUUUAUCCAUUUAUCGAAUAUUGUGUCACGAUCUAUCGUGUGUGUGGAACAUGCUUCUCUACAUCUGGAUAGCUGUAAUAAUAGCAGCCGUAUGGCUGUACUGCAGACAUGUGUUCUCGAAGUUCACUAAAAGUGGCGUCAAGCACUUCAAGCCGAUCCCCUUGUUCGGCAACAUGGCGAAACUGCUGUUCAGAUACGAACACUUCGCUGAUGCUGUCACAGAUCUGUACCAGGCUUUUCCUGAAGAACGAUUUGUAGGAAGAUACGAGUUCAUGAACCCCACAGUGAUGAUCCGAGACAUUGAGCUGCUGAAAAAGGUCACGGUCAAAGACUUCGAAUAUUUCCUCGACCACCGCUCUCUUGUCAAUGAUAAGACGGAUCCUUUCGUUGGAAGAAAUCUUUUUUCACUGAAAGGUCAAGAAUGGAAGGACAUGCGCUCUACCCUCAGUCCAGCAUUCACCAGCUCAAAGAUACGUCUCAUGGUGCCCUUCAUGGUAGAAGUAGGAGACCAAAUGAUAGACUCGCUGCAGAAAAAGAUUGAGGAAAACAAAGAAGGUUAUAUCGACAUCGACUGCAAGGACUUGACGACUCGUUACGCCAAUGACGUCAUCGCUUCGUGUGCCUUUGGCUUGAAAGUGAAUUCAUUGAAAGAUAAGAACAACGAGUUCUACACAAUGGGAAAAGUGGCUGCCAACUUUAGCAUUAUUCAAAUCUUCUUAAUCUUUAUUAUGAUCAGCGUGCCCAAAGUGUCUGAAAAACUAAAAUUGAAAUUGUUUUCGGAAAAAACUGUAAAUUUCUUCAAGAAUUUGGUAUUAGGUACCAUGCUGGACCGCCAGCAGCGUAACAUCAUCAGACCUGACAUGAUACACCUUUUGAUGGAAGCUAAGAAAGGAAAACUUGUACACGAUGAAAAGGCACAAGACGCUGAUGCAGGAUUUGCGACUGUUGAAGAAUCUUCAGUUGGAAAGAAAACGAUCAAUAGGACGUGGACUGAUGAAGACCUGAUCGCCCAAGCCAUCCUAUUCUUCAUUGCUGGUUUUGAAACGGUUUCUUCGGCCAUGUCGUUCGCUCUGUACGAGUUGGCUGUCAACCCUGACGUGCAGGACAAACUGGUUGAAGAGAUCAGGCAGAAUGAUGCAAGGAACAAUGGCAAAUUCGACUAUAACUCCAUUCAAAAUAUGACGUAUAUGGAUAUGGUGGUGUCAGAGGUGCUGCGUCUCUGGCCGCCAGCCAUAGUUACAGACAGAAUGUGCAUCAAGGAUUAUAAUCUCGGAAAACCUAACAGCAAAGCUACCGAAGAUUAUUACAUUCGCAAAGGUGAAGCCUUCGCCAUCCCGAUAUGGGCUUUCCACCGGCACCCUGAGUUCUUCCCAAACCCCAACAAGUUUGAUCCUGAGCGUUUCUCUGAAGAAAACAAGCACAAAAUCCAACCAUUCACGUACAUGCCUUUUGGACAUGGACCUAGAAAUUGCAUUGGUUCAAGAUUCGCCCUGUGCGAGGUGAAGGUGAUGCUGUACCAGCUGCUCCUCCACAUGGAGUUGUCUCCAGCAGCCAAGACCUGCAUCCCUGCCGAGUUGGCCAGAGACACCUUCAACCUUCGCCUGAAGGGAGGACACUGGAUACGGAUGAAGACCAGAAAAUCAAACUAAUUCUAAUUAUCACUUAAGGUGAAUAGAGGAUACUUUAAGUGCAGGUGUUAUCUUUUAUUUACUUUUUAUAGAAUUUAUUUUUAUACUAUAAUAAUUUUUAGUCUGUGAUAUAAAACCAAAAUAAUAUUUUUCAUGGCUAAUUUCAUGUUAUUUCUAAGACAAUUCACAAAACGUACACGGCGUUUACCCGUGGUCCCCCCAACAUGUCCCCCUGGUGGGUCCACGGGUAAUUUUUUUUACCCGUUGUCCCACCGUUCUGAACAGUGUUUGCCAGUGGGUCUACGGGUAAUUUAUUUUAACCAUGGUCCCACCGCACUAAGUGGCAAACAUUGCAUGUCACCUAUGUCUGGGAUGAAAUAUCAAACGCCGAGAAGGAUAUGAGUGACUUUAACCCACAUGUGUGAUGUGAAGAUAGUAUAAAGAUAUUAUAGUGCCGUACCUACCUAUAAUUAUUUUCUAUAUUAAUUAUAGAUUUUUUUAUAAUAUUAUAGAUACCUAGGCUAGGUGACAAGCAAUGUUUGCCACUUAGUGCGGUGGGACCAUGGUUAAAAUAAAUUACCCGUAGACCCACUGGCAAACACUGUUCAGAACGGUGGGACAACGGGUAAAAAAAAUUACCCGUGAACCCACCAGGGGGACAUGUUGGGGGGACCACGGGUAAACGCCGAACGUACAGUCACGGAAUGAAAAGAAUCGUCAGUUUUCAAAUUGAUUCCUUCAACGAAUCGCGAGCACAUUAUUACCUUUUGAAACUAUGUUACAGAAUAAUCUCGAGUUAGAGAAAAUAAUCUUUAACUGUUCGUCAGUAAAGUUCAAAAUUAUUCAGAUCAAAGUUGUUUGACAAUUUAACUUGUCAAGAAGAUUAUUAUGAUUGAUAAACUACAACCUUCUUGUUGGUUCAACCUGCCAUUAUCUAUUAAAUUAAAAAAACUACAUUUUGUAACAUUGCACUGAUGGGAUAGAAAAAUAAACAAGCAAAACCUUAUUCGUUAGCAAACGUCAUAUUUAUUUAAAUGUUAGCAGCACUGUUUCUUGCACGGUUAUGUUGGCAGGUUUGACUCUUACAGUACCUAGUGCAAGCGAAAACCGACACUAAGGUGACGAACCUUUUCAUUCCGCGACUGUACAAAAUAUGUUUAUAAAGUUUGCGGCACUAAUUAAGUUUGUUAUUUUUUAUGUAUAAAAAUUAAAAGAUAGGCUAAGAAAUCAACUUGAUUUGUUUGGUCAUAAUGUUAUAUUUUAAUAUUAGUUGGCUUUAAAAGUAGCAAGCAAAUCAGUUUUUACAGUAAUUGACUGCCAAAAGUUAAAUGACCAAAGAGAAGCCAUUAUGAGUAUAAGAUUUUAUAACUUUUGGGAACAAUCUGAAAAAUUAAUGAAAUUAUCUACA